AUGGUCGAGUCUUUUAACGUUACUGCUGCGUUUCAUUCGCAGCUUAACACUUUAUGCAUUAGAGAAUUCCCUUGUGGAUAUGGAAGUUGGGUUAGAUGAAACUCUGUCUUUGUACGAUGGGUGUAAUCGUAUUAAGUUUUUAAAAGUUUAAUAUGUGUUCAUCUGAACCAGACUGAUCAUUUUACAUCCAUAUCAAACGCAAAAUAUCGGGUUUUGUGUUUAUUUUAGAGAGCCCCCAAUGUGAGCAGUAAUUUAAGCUUAAAAAGUACCACAGAAGUAAAAAGUAUGGGUACCUUGAAACCUGCCAAGUCGACAUCAACUUUACCUGCAAUAAUUCCAGGUGAGCAAAACAAAAUGAUACUUUAUAAUCGUUAUUAUUAUCGGAAAUAAUAUUAAUAGUUAAUAAUAAUGAUUUGAAAUUUAAUCAGAAUGAACUGCAAUGGAAGAAAACAAAGCAAAAAUAUGAUGUCAUUUUACUACUACAACCAGAAUCCUUCAAGAGUUUGCAUCCUUGUGCAAAAUAAGGCUUUUGUUAUUCAAACCCUGCUGGGAUAACCAAAUUUGAAUGUGCAAGGAAAAUCAAAAAGGAUUCUGGUCAUAGUAGUAAAAUGCCGCCAUCUUGCAAAUGGCCAAUUCUGCCAGGAUAUGUUCUACAACAUUGUUAUAUGGGAGAAUCUCUCCUUGAAUUAAGCUAUGUCUACAAUAUAAUACUGGGUAGCUCUAACGCUGGCACAAAAAAUGAAAAGCUGUUUUGGAAAGGGCUCUUCUCACACAUGAAAAUGGUGAUUUUGGCCCAGUUUCUGUAAAUAUGGAAGAAAGAUGCCUCAACCCCAGGGGGGGGUACACCAGAUUUGAAGUGACAGGGAUGAUCAAAGGAGUUUUGGGGGUUUGAAAUUUUUGAUUUUGGUUUGAAAAUUUUGAUUUUUUUUUGUUGGGGGGGUAGCAUGAUUUGGGGGAUAGUUCAAUAUGAAGACGCACACCCAGCCGUGUAGCUCUGUGAAUAACGUAAACCAAGAGAGGAAAUUUUUAUGGCUCAGAAAUUCAGCAUGGGGUUUUUGGGGGUUAAAUUUUGGUCCAGGGAUUUUAUUGGGUUUUAUUUGAAGUUCUAGGGAUUUGUUUGGGUUUUGGAGUUUUGCCCCCAUUCGAUCAUCUCUGUCACUUGAAAUCCAGAGAACCCCCCUGGGGCCUCAACACAUCAAUCUUGAAAGUGAAUCGUUACCUAUCAGAUUGAUUUCUAUGCCACUGAACAGGUCUUGAUACUAUACCGGGUAAUAUUAUACACUUAAUGUCAGAUCCCAAGGAAAACAGUUAGUUUUGUUUUCCCGAGAGUCCUGAUGUUUCCCGAGACGAAGUCGAGGGAAACAUUGGGACUCGAAGAUACAUUUGAUUUUAGUCAAGGCCACGUGACCAAGAAUCAACCAAUGGCAGUCCCUGUUUAGUUGAGUGAAAUUCUAGGAAUAUAACAAUACAUAUUGAUAUAACAAGCUAUCUGGUAACAGAGAACCUCUGUAUGGGUACCCGCAGACAUAGAUUUCAUGGUGUGUUUUCCAUCAAAUCAUCGGUUCUUCUGGUGAAAUCAUCGCACAUCAAGAAUAAUUUUUGUUUUGCAUGGUGGCAAGCUCAGCACAACCAUAACAAUGACAGAAAUGAGAAAUAAAAUCUGAGUUUGAAAAUCUGCUCGAGACUUCAUGGUAAAAAUCUCUGCUCUCUUAAAGGUAAAGAAGACUUCAAGAUAAACACUCUGAGAUUUCAAGAUCAAUCAAAAUUUCUGGAGAACAUUGAUUUUUUUGACUGCAUUCACCACUUCUGUUUUUGAUAAUAAUAUUUUUAUCUUUUUAUAUGUUUAUUCAGUACAGUAUUUUGGCGCUAGUGUCAGAGUGCCCAUGCAAGCUUGGUUUAAGACAAAAAGUUAAAGUUUGCUGUGUUUUGCAGAGAAUAGUGCACAGUUAGAGACUGUUGAAAGUCUACAAGCUUUGGCUAUAAAGAUCCCAUAUGACGUGGACUGCAGUUGGAGUAGUGAAGCUGCAAGCCUGCGAGAGAUUGCUGUGAAGUCACCUGACAAACUCACGCAAAAUUUCAUUCUGAAGUUCUUUAAAUCACUUCAAAUUGUAGACAAAAAGGUAAACUGAUAAAGAAAGAAAGGCUGAGUUUGUUCAGUUUCUAUGUAGUGGUUUUUAGGUUAAUAUUAGCUGUGGGAAAACCUUUGGGGCUUGGGGGUUAUAUAAGGGGUUAAAUGUGAGAAUUCAAAGCUUGUUUUAUGAAUCUUAUGAGUCAAUGAGUUGUAAGGCAACUUAUAAGUCUUGUUAGGGUUGAAGUUAGAGGUUGGGUUAAAGGUUAGGUUUAGGGUUAGGGUUGGGUGACUCAUGAAUCAAUGAUGCUAAACUUAAAUUCUCAUUUAAGAUAGGAUAAAAAACCUGAGGUAUGGAUCAAUAUGUGUUGGAUUAUUAAUUUUAGCAUAGGAAGUCUGAUUUUAUAUAGUCUUCUUGUAUUAAUUAUUAGUUUGGCUUUACAAUUUAUUUUCAAUCAGGUAACAGAAAUUGAUGAUGGACUUCUUCACCUGAAAAAUCUAAAGCAACUGACACUGAGUGCAAAUCUAAUCAAGCAUGUUGACUCCAAGAGACUUCCAAAAGACCUAGAGGUACUGGUAAUUUAAAGUUAAGCUUAAAAAAAAUACUUCAGCAAUUCUUUUUUGUCUAAGUCGACUAAAAUUAUUUGCUUGUUGUUUUACUUGACAGGAACUGGAACUUGCAGCCAAUCAAAUUUCAGACAUCAGUUCAUUAUGUGUUUGUCCCCCACCUCUCAUCCAUUUAGGCCUGAGCUACAAUCAAAUUUCUUCCAUCACAGGCCACAUGAAGGCAAGUUCAUGGUAAGUCAUACUUUCAAGUUCAUGCUGACUCAAUCAAAUAUUCAAGGAAUCUCAAAAAAAGAAAUGGCAUUAAAAAUCUACCCUUUUUCACAAAAGAAAAAAAAAUUAUUUCACUAAAUUAUUCAUGCUUAUGAUAAGCAAAAAGUAAAACCAUUUAAUAAUCCUAUAAUUUCCUCCUUUUCUUUUUCAGGCCUCAUUUACUAUCAUUAGACCUAAGCUUCAACAACCUUGCAGAUCUCUACAGCACUAUCAGUGUACUGAAAACUUUACCAAAAUUAAAGAAUCUUGUCCUUCAAGGAAAUCCUUUGGCAGUGAGUCAUCAGAGUUAUUUUAGGUUUAUGUACCGUUAACUGCAUACACCCUUGUCAACCGAUAAUAUUAUUCAACAACUGAGCACAUGUAACGUCUGCAUGCAGACAAAACCUAAUUUAGUAGUAUAUGGUCAAAUUAGAUUCUUUUUCAUUUGUGGGUUAGUAUUGCUUCUAAGCUAUCUUUUUUAUCCAGCUAGUACCAGGCUACCGUGGUUACACAAUCGACUCUAUUCGUCAGUUGACCAUUCUUGAUGACAUCAGAAUUUCAGCAGAUGAGAAACACUUCUUCAAAGGACUUUCAAAACUCAAAGGUAUUUGAUUGUUACCAAGUGUACUUUUAAGUCUAUCAUUAUGAUAACUAAAAGUGAGUUUACAACAUAAUUAUCUAUUGAGGGUUAAUUAAUUAAUUAAUUAAUAAUUAUUAUUGUCCCGUCAAUAAGAACCAUGGGGUAUGGAUUUUGUUGGUUGGUGAGAGUGCUUAUCUUUAUGACUUUUUUGAUGCUUUGUCUUAGACGUUCCAGUAAAUGAAGCUCAGGUUAUCAUAUAUAUCAAGAGUAUUAAUGGCAUUAAAAUGCCAGAAGAGAUUGAGGUCAGUAAAAUACACAAUUUGAACGAUUGGAGAACUGACAAUUUGACUAACAAUAGACAACUGUUUAACUGUGACAACAGACAGAUCAAAAUGCACCAAUUACUGAUUACGAGUCUUCAUAGCCAAUAACAUCACGGCUUAACUGACAGAUGACCAAUAACAUUGCAACGUUAUUGACCAAUCAGAUCAAUAACCAGAGUAUGAUAGCAUCAACUGACGUGAUACAACUCACUUGACUCUGAAGAUGACUACCGCACAGAUUGCCAAAACAUCAGUCACUGUCAACAACAACAGUCCUAUUCAGGACUAUGUUCACCCGGACGAUCAAACUCAACCUACUUUUGAAAAUUAUGACUCCCGGGUUCAAACCUUUCACUCAAUGUGUUUAUAUUAAUUUUCUUAAUUUGCUGAGGGGUUUGCAAUAAUUCAAGUGAGCACAUAAAAAAAAACUGAAGUUGCUCAGCUACCCAUUGUUGCCCCAUCAUUGCCCCAUCUGGAAGAUUGAUGAAACUUUAAAUUAAGAGGUUAGUUUCAAAUGAAUGUGUGUGCUGUUUUAGAGGCAAGUAAAGUCCUCAAAUUAAAUCAAAUCAAUUUAGCGUCGCCAUUUGACUCUAUCAAUUUGGUUGAUAAUUCUUUCAACCAAAUUGAUAGUCAAAUAGCCACAGUAAAUUGAUUUAAAGGCUGAUGUCUCAAGCACAAGCUAUCCAUCAGAGUGAGGUGUCUUUCUGUACAAAACUUUGUCAGUUUGUCUCUUUAUAGUACAAUGCUAUUAAGUUUUUCAUGCUACAUCAUCCACGAUGAGCAUGGCUUUGGCAAAUAGGCCUCAUAGUGUACUUCUUUCUUCAGACUACUAACUGUGGCAGAAGUUAUCACCCUUAAAUACAUUGUCCCUUGGAAAUAUUGAGCUCAAGUACUGCCAGUCAAUGUAGCUAUGGCAUAACUAAUACUUUAGCACAAGGUACAACUCAUAUCACAAGCAAGCAAAUGAAAAUGUGAUGCUGGUGGGGUAAAGGUGAAAAACUUGGAGUACAACGUAUAAUUGUUCACCUUUGGCAAACAUUUGUUGUAAAUUAUAAGGUUAAUUUGAUGUACUCUUAUUUCACAGGAUCCAGAGAUAAACUCUGAUUUCCCCAAGACUGAGCACAAGUACCAUGUGGAGUUCCAGUUCCUCAAGGCGGCACCCACUGUAAUAUUGUGUGAAUCUCCCGCUCUGUCAAUACCGACUAUCUCUUUCGUACCAGAUGACAGCAGCAGCAUUGCUCAAGAGGAAAACACUGACAAUAGUCAGAGCAGUGACAAUUCAGGUCAGUUGCUUUAGUCCAAAUGUUAAUUAGAAAACAAUACGCAGGAAUUUAGUCAGCUAAACAAGGUGGCACUUAAAAUAUGGUGAGACCAAAACAGCUAAGUCCAGAUGCUGGCGGUGGUUAAAUUUAAAGAGACAUUGUCACCAUGUGACCACUUUUAAGUUUCUUGCCUGCUAGUGACAUUCCGGAGUACUUCCGGUCAACGCCUAAACAACAAGGGGAAGAAAACUGCCCCCAUGGGGCUUGAUCUUUCAUACAACUUUCAAGAUCUUAAAAAUUCUUCCAGAUCAGUAUCCCUCAGGAGUGUAUGUAGUUAAAGGACAUCUUGAGUAGCAGCAUCAAUAUGGUGCAAAAGCUGGCUAAUUAUAAAAUGAAUACUAAAAAAAUAAUUAUCAGGGGCUGCUUAGCUUAUAAUUAUUCAACACUAUGGUAUAAGCAUAACAUUGUGUCCUCCUACAUUUUGGGCUUUCUACUUUUCUCUGGCAUCCCCUUCUUUCAAACUCAAAGGUAGUGACAGUGACUGCAGGAAGUUUGCUAUAUAUAUUUACAUGAUUAGGUAGCUGCUGGAAAUACCCUGUACCCCAAAUCUAUGUUAACAGAUCAUAGGCAAGCUUUAAGCACUACUCAUAACAGAAACCUGUCAUAUACAAUGAACAUACUGUACAUACUUCCUCAGUAAACUAUACAUUGUUACAUGUACGUAUGGUAAGGUAUAAUAUUAUUAUUUGUGUUAGUAGAAAAAACAAAACAUUAAUGCUGUCUUAAGAGAAUACAUUACAUUGGUGUAUGUACAGUAUCACUAUAAAAUGAAACACUUUAUCUGUGGUGAAGUUAAAAGUGACUUUGAAUAAUAAAAGCGGUGUUAAAAGGGAUUAAAUCAUUUUUAAUAAAAGUGAUCAUUCUUUACAGGACAUUUUCAAACAGUAUCAACAGGAAGUUUGCCAUGGUCUGAAGAUGGAAUAGAACUUGAUUAUAGCAAGAAAUUUCACACAACUCUGCUGGUUCCACUGCGAGAUUUCAUUCAAAAUGGUAUAAAUUUUACAGUGAUAAAGACAAAACAUAUGUAUGUGCUAGAGGACCCGAAUGCUGCACAGAAUAUUGAAAGCAAGCCUCCAGCAUCAGCAAAAAGUAGUAAGUCACUUCUAAUAAUUAAUUGUCACCAAUAUUUGUUACUGGUUCAAUAAAUUCUGUUAUGUGCAAGAUGCGCACACAUUAUGUAGCAAAUCAAGAGAAUUAAUUCAAGACUAUAAUUUACAUGGGUGUUUUGUAAGGGUGGGCCGAGGGGACUGUGGCCACCCUUCUUUUGUGGAAAUUUUGCAUUAUUUUUAAAGAAUUCACAGUAAAAAUAGUUUCUAGUAUAAAGGAGGCAUGUGCUCCCCCCUCUGAAUUUUCUGUACCCACCCCUAAUUUAUAAGAGAUGAACUGCCUUGGUUAUGUUUAAAUAAAAAUGAUACAUUUUGGUUCUACAUGUGCUUUUUUGAUUAUCAGUAUUUACAACAUGUAUAAAAGGAAACAACAUUAUUUUAUUUAAGGAUGGAAACAAGGUGGUUCAAAAUACAAAAUAGGUUUUUUUUCUCGACAAGGAUAGGGUUUCUGUGUUUUUCUCUGUUUUGCAGUACAGGUGGGGGUUUUAAUAACCUAAACACACUCAUCAAUCUUUCUGAACCAUAGGCCCCUGGCCUAGAUGCAGAAUAACUGAGCUGAUUUUCUUGUUGCAGUAAACAGUUGAUGGGAAGCAUGCUUGUAAUAUUAAAAUUUUAUUUUAUUUUGUUUUUAUCUACUAAGGUCGACCAGGAAGCAAAUCACAGAAAAGCCCAACAAAGGAGAAACGUAAAGACUCAGGCAAAGCAAAGGAAAAGGUUUGUAAAACAGAGUUUUCCUCAGUUGAAUUUCACAUUUACCGAAGGCGAAGGUAACCAAGCAUGGCAGUAAUAAGAAUAUUGUAAAAAUUUGUUAUAAUUCUUAAUUCUUUCAUUUACGUAAGGGAAAGGAUGGUAAAGGCAAGAAAAACAAACAAGAAGACAUUGAGUUAUUUGAGCUUCCAAGAACAAGAUCAACUUUGGGGUCAUGUCAGGUCCCUAUUUCUUCACUGCUGGAGGGAGAUCCUGCAGUGGAGGCAGAAUGUGUGUGCUUAAGUGAAGAGGAGACUGGGGAGAGUGACAGGAAAGAAGGGGGACCUGGUGCCAAGUCAGAUGCUAGUGACAAAAAGAAGCAAAACAAAGGUCAGUGAUGAUCAUUGAGCUAGCCAAUUUUAAAACGAGCCAGUCUAGAGCUCUUUAUUGCACGACAAAUUCUCUCUCAGGUCCGUUGAUAGUCUCUUUUAGGUCAGGCACUUUUGAGGGUGGCUGGGGGUCUUGCUGCACUAAACAUAGCAGAUUUGGAGGGGGGUGAGCUUUAAAAAGACACAAGAGGCUACCUUAUUUUAAUAAAACAGCAUACCGGUAAUAUAUUAUAUAAUAUUAAGUGAACCAUAUUGUCAUCUAAAAGUGUUACCCUUAUCAAUUAAAAUAGAAAAAUUUGUUACAAGAAAAAAGGUAGAAGUGCUUGUUCCCGUAUACAAAGGAUCGAGUGAACUUUAUCUGAGUUAUUGCUUGACUAAUAUGAAAUCAAAAAUCAAGUGUCCAUUGGUAAUACUACCAUUCCUGUUUUUGGUUUUGAAUGUCAGUGGAAGGGUAGCCUAAAAGUGAGAAGGCUCCAAUCCUGCCCCACUACCCAUUUUUAACCGAAAUCAAAAUUAUGCAUUUUCAAACAAAACACAAAAUGGGGUUUUACCUAGUAAAUGUGCAGAUGUUUAAGCAAGCUGACUUAAAACUGUAGAAUUGUACCCAAUGAUAGCUAAAAAAGCUCAAAAAAUGAAAAAUCCUACGGUUACUCUAGAAUGUUCAUUACUGCAUUUCUUUUUCAGCAGAUGAUAAGACUUCUAAAGGCAACCUGCGAGCCGCGACACCAGGCAAAGGCAAAGGUGGGCGAGGAAAGUCGUCACACAAAGAUGACAAGAAAGGCAAGGAAAAAGACAAGCAUGAAGAGAGUAUUGAUGAUGAGGAGGAUAUAGCUCCUGCUCCUCCCCUGACAAUACAAGUGCAAGUUAAACUUCAUUACUGGAAGUCUGCAAGAGAGGCUGCGCAAGAAUUUCUGCCGCAAGGGGUUCCCUCACAUACUGGGGCACACAACUAA